AUGCCAUCUGCUUACUCUAACUCUCCAUUCCUUUCACUUCGCCCAGAUAGCGAGUGCGGGCGGACGAAGCUCAACGGAGCAUCUUCUACCAAGAGCUUCGCUUCCCUCAGUGGAAGCGCUUCACCGACGACGAAUGGCAAGGUAAAUGGCCAUUCCGGCCAUGCCAAUGGCUCUCGAGACGACGAAUUCCUGCGCCUUGCCUCCCCGCAACAAGAUCUUCUGCUCCUCCACGGCCCGGGACAGAAGUACUCGCUCGAGAAGUCGAAAGAAAUCCCCGAACUACAAGGUGACCGCGAGGUCCUAGUCCAAGUCCUCGCUAUCGGCCUCAACCCUGUCGACUGGAAGGGCGCCGACUAUGGCUUCAGCCAGCCCAGCUACCCUUGGAUCAACGGAAGAGAUUUUGCAGGCAUCGUGGUGAGAGGGUCAAGAAGUAGCAGUCGUGUUCAGCAGGGCGAUGUGGUUUUCGGUGCAUCGACCGACUAUCGAGAUGUCAGAAAAGCUGCGUAUCAGGAGUAUGUUGUCACAACGGACUACAAUGUCACACGGAUACCACAAGGCGUCACUGUCAAGGAAGGCGCUGCCUUAGGCGUGGCUUACGUCGCUGCCCUCGUCUCGCUCGGAGUUAGCUUUGGCUUGGAUCUCACCAACCUCAGGAAUGCUCCUGCUGGACCAGACUUUGCUCGCCUCAUCCGCUCUUUGGACCCGCGAGAGCUCCCUGAAGAUAUUCGCGGCGAGGUCUUCUCUGGCAUUCCUCAGUCAGAACGACCCCAACCGGGCGAGUGGUUGGUGAUCUGGGGAGCCCACAGCAUGACUGGCCAGAUCGCUCUGCAAAUCGCCAAACACGCGGGUCUGAAGGUUGCAUGCGUUGCAGACAUUGCCCGCGGCGGUGCGCGUUUGUCCGAGCUGGGCGCUGAUUUCCUCGUCGACAAGUAUGACGACAAGCGGGCGAUCGAGAUCCUCAAGGCUGUCACUGGGGGCAAGCUUCGCUUGGGCAUCGAUUGCAACGGCAAGGACUCUGCCACAUCUCUGCAAGAAGCUCUGUCGCAGGCCGAUACUGGUCUAAAGUCUCAUAUCCUCGGCUUAGCUGGUCUUCCCAAGCACGUCGGCAAAGGCGUUGUACACCACAGCGUUCCCAUCAAGAUCUUCCACGAAGCGCCUUCCGUUGGUGAGGCCAUGUCGGUUUGGUUGGAAGAACUCCUCGUCGCCAAGAGCCUGAAGCUGCCAGAUGUGGAGAUUGCCGAGGGCGGUCUUGCCGGCAUCAACGACGCCCUUGAUCGCAUGCGCACUGGGCAUAUCAGCGGCAAGCGCAUCGUCGUUCCCGUCGGCGCAGAAUCACGGAGUGGCCAUCAGUCUCCCGUCACAAAUGGCGUUGUUCCCAACGGCAUUUCCGCUCCUGCCACCGACUCUCACGAUCUCAGCUAUGCCGACGAGCUCAACUCCGACCCAGAACGUGUGCGCUUCGCAUACUGGGUCCCCAAUGUCUCGGGUGGUCUGGUCAUCAGCAAGAUCAAACAGCGCACAAGCUGGGACUUGAAAUCCAAUGUCCGCUAUGCUCGCACCGCGGAGCGUGUGGGCUUUGAAUAUGCGCUCUCUCAGAUUCGAUUUAUGGCCGGGUAUGGUGCUGACAACCAGCAUGAGCCUGUCUCCUUCUCGCAGGCUUUGCUCAUGUCUACAGAGCGCUUGAAGGUCAUUGCUGCGCUCCUUCCAGGGCCUUGGAAUCCUGCUGUUGCGGCCAAGCAGAUUGCCAGCAUUGAUAACUACUCCGAGGGGAGAGUCUGCGUGAAUGUUGUCAGUGGGUGGUUCAGAGCUGAGGUAAGUCUUGCACGUUCUGCAGGUUUCUGCUGAGGUAUGCUGAUUUGUUCUGCAGUUUGCGAGUAUCGGGCAGUGGUGGCUCGACCAUGCGGAACGUUAUCGUCGCAGCAAGGAAUUCAUUCAGUGCUUGAAAGGCAUCUGGACCAACGACAAGUUCACCUUCAAGGGAGACUUUUAUCAGUUCCACGACUAUCCCCUCAAGCCAAAACCGCUCAACUUGCCCGGACGUCCAUACCCGGAAAUCUUUCAGGGUGGCAACUCCGACGAUGCCAAAGAGAAUGCUGGAUCCGUGUCGGAUUAUUACUUCAUGAACGGUAAUACACUGGAAGGUUUCCAAACUCAGAUCAGCGAUGUUAAAGAACGAGCAAAGAAGAAUGAUCGUGAAGGACAGGUUGGUUUCGCCCUCAAUGCUUUCGUCAUCUGCCGCGAAACAGAAGAGGAAGCCAUUCGCGUCCUGCAAGAAAUCCAAGGCAAGGCAGACGCUGAAGCUGUCGAGGGCUUCCGCCAACAAGUGCAGAAUGCUGGAUCUUCGACGUCGAACAAGAGUGGCAUGUGGGCCAAUUCGAAAUUUGAAGAUCUCGUGCAGUACAACGACGGGUUCAAGACGAAAUUGAUUGGCACCAAAGAGCAGAUUGCCGAGCGCAUUGUUUUGCUGAAGAGUCUUGGGGUCUCUAUUAUUCUGUGUGCAUUCUUGCACUACGAGGAGGAGAUUGAGUCGUUUGGGAAGGAAGUAUUGCCUUUGGUGCGGGAGCUGGAGGCAAAGGGGAGGGGCAAAGAUGUGGAAUUUGAGAUUGCGAGGACGGGAGAUGUCUACCGCAAAAAGUAGGUCUUCUUCCUAGAUGCUUGCUUGCGGUGGUGGGUGGGAUGUACGCUUAUGCUAUGAUACCUUUUUGUAGUUCUGAGAAAAGUUCUGUUGUGCAAGGCCACUCUCAUGGCGAAUCGCGUGGAACACUCGAUGUAUCUGCGCAGACACUACGGCGUUGCGGAGCUGCGGUGCGAAGCGAAGACUCUGAAGCGGUAGCAGAUACCAAACAGGCUGCUCUGGGUAGAGUUAUUGAAGCUACCAGCCAACCUCCUCCUAUCGAGGAGGUAUCAGUCUUGAACACACAAAGAACGGCCGUCACACUCGAAGAAACUUCGGUCAUGACUCCCUUUCAGAUUGCGCAGCAGCCGAAGAUUCCACCGGGCAGUGCGGCUUCGAGGGGGAUGGACCCUGAGGUGGUGAAAUCGCCAGAGGCGCUGAAGACAUCGGAUGAACGAGAGCAUCUACCGGAAGCGUCUUCGCAUCGAAAGGAGGAAGAAUGCUUUCACUCAAAAACGCCGGAGCUCAAUACUGACGAGGGAGUUCUCCAUGUCCAUGAUCCAUGCGAACAGGGUGGUGCUACUCUUCCUUCUCUAUCAGCGCCAACAACAGUAGAUACCAUUGAGACUGCUGCCCAAACCUCUGCCAAUGCGCGGGGUGCUCCAACUGACGAAGCAGCAGCAUCUCGACCAUGGGCAUUGCAAACUCAAGCCGGUAGUAUUGAUUCGAAAGUCGAUUCCGUCGUCGUCGUCACCCCGACCAGCUCGGUCGAGGAGCAGCAGCAUCUCGAUGAUGAGUCAGUGACGACUGCCAAAGACUCUGAAGAUUCUCAACCACCACCCGGAACGGACGCUGCUGCGCCUUGUGUUCUUCCGCGAUCUGACAACCAGCCCCGUGUGAGCACGGAUCCGAAGGUCGUUUCACUCGAUGAAGGCUCCCAGUCGCUCCAGGGAGACUUGGCGAUUUCUGAGCGACCGCGAUCUUUACCUUCUGCGAGCAUGGAAUCGGAAAGUCGACCUGCUGUGAGCCAUGAGCCCAGGAGGGAAAGCCGAGACGGCGGCGGCUUCUUCAGGGCGCUCAGGCGUGGGCUGAGCGGACGUUCGAGGGCAGGCUGGUAA